AUGACUGUAGCGCAAUAUGAAAAUUGGUUUACAGAAUUGUCGUGCUACACUUUCGAGAUGAUCGCCAACAAGGCAAUUAAGAUGAGGCGAUUUUCAGCAGGGUUGAGGAGCGGCAUCCGCUCAAAGAUGUGUUGUGCGAGCAUCCGGACCUACGCUGAGCUUGUCAAGAUGUCCAUACGGGCAGAGCAGGAUGAGGAGAGAGUCGCAUGGAACCGUUCGCAGUUGGGGCCGCGAAGCAGAAUGGAGCGACCAUCCUCUUCCUUUGCUGGGAAAAGGCCACGCCCAAACUCUCCACCCCAACUAGCUGCCAUACCGGCCCCUUCUGUACGACCAGCCCAGAUAUGUAAUUACUGCAGGAGGACGGGUCACUCUGAACCCUACUGCUUUACCAGAAUGAGGGAUCUUGGCUUCACGCCACCGCAACGUAACAAUAGGCCCCCACAGCAGGCAUUGCAGAUUCUGCCCCUAUGGGUGAUGGACCCUAGCCAACAAUUCCGCCGUCCACCACUACCUCAGGUUAGGCCGCCACAACGGCCCGUGCAACAAUUGAACCUUCCUCAGCAGGCGCGAGUUCAUGCCUUAGUGGCCAAGGGCCAAGAUGCAGACAUCCCCAAUCCUACGGCCUUCGAGGUGACGGCCCAUGUUCAAGGUACUCCCAUAUUUCUACUAGUGGACACUGGAUCUACUGCUUUACUCAUAUCGCAUGCAACUGUCAAGCGCUUAGGGCUACGCCUCACUCCAAUCAUAGGAGUGAAAAUCAUUGCAACCGCCGGAAAUUUUUUUAAAGCGACGAGGGUGUGUAAUGACUGCCCCAUAGACUUGGGGGGCAAGGUGAUACUCGUCGAUCUGAUCGCAACUAAGAUUUUCCAUUACGACGUCAUCCUGGGUAUGGACUGGUUGACACCGAUGAAGGUAGAAAUCGAUUGUAAAAUAAGGACAGUGAAAAUAUACGAGGGCGACAAAGUUCCCUUCACGUUCCCAUUCCAGGUCAGCCACCAACAAAGAAUUUUGUGUUAUGCUUCAUUGGAGGAGGGUUAUGAUGGACCCUCGAUAACAUACACACCCAUGGUACAAGAUUUUUGGGAUGUGUUUAAAGCCAUACCUAGACUUCCUCCUCGCCGUGAGAUAGACUUCACGAUCGAUCUAACUCCGGAUGUCAAGCCCAUCUCCUUUCCUACUUACUGCAUGCCCCCAUGUGAGAUGGAAGAGCUAAGAUCUUGCCAAGGUGGCGGUGGUACAAGAUUGGAAGCAACUGAAGUCGGUUACGGAAGUGCGAAGUUUUCUCGGUCUCGCCGGCUAUUAUCGAAGAUUCAUAAGAGAUUUUUCAAAAUAGCUCGGCCGCUAUUCCAAUUGACACGAAAGGACCUUAAAUUUGCCUGGAAUGAGAAGGCGGAGGCGACCUUCCAAGAGUUGAAGGAUAAACUGACGUCGGCACCUGUACUCGUAUUACAUGAACAGUGGGUCAAGUACACCAUAUAUACUGACGCCUCUCGCAUGGACUUGGGUUGUGUACUCAUGCAAAAAGACCUGGCAAUUGCUUAUGCUUCUCGACAGUUAAAGAAGCAUGAGGAGAACUACCCCACUCAUGACCUCGAACUCACGGUGGUAGUUUUCGCAUUAAAAAUAUGGAGACACUAUCUCUAUGGUGAGGAGUUUGAGCUCUUUUCUAAUCAUAAGAGCCUUAAAUACAUCUUCACCCAGAAGGACCUGAAAAUGAGACAGUGUCGCUGGAUGGAAACGUUGAAGGACAUCAAGUUCGACGUCUCGUAUCACCCUGACAAGGCGAAUUUGGUGGCAGAUGCCUUGAGUCGUAAAAAGGCAAUCGAAUUUGUGGCCCCGCUCAUGGUGAGAGAGUGGGACAUGGUAGAAUUUGUGCGAGACUUCGACAUGAAGCUAACGGUGGAGGAACCAUACGAGUUCAUAGCCCACAUUCAGGCUCAACCAAUGAUUAACAGUAAAAUCAUUAAACCCCAGGAGGGCGAUGAGUUAUUGAAGAAGAUACAAGAGAAAGCAAGGAAUGAUGUAGGUCUGAGUGGAGGAUCGGUACUAAUGGAGAGUUGCAGUACCGAGGCCGCUUUUGUGUUCCAAACCUUCAGGGACUACGAGAAGAAGUCCUAA